UGAAGAAUCGUUUUGACGACAUUGAAGGGGGCAACUUUAUGCAGGAUGUCACCAACUGGAGAGACUCAGGACGCACAGCGACAGACCAGGAUGGGGGCAUGCAGGUCAGUUGUCAUAGACAUGGUCAAAUUGAUUAUUUGGGUUCUCAUAUUUCAAAUGGUGUUGGGGAUAUGUUUCUAAUAAAAUGUUUCUGAUGAAUACAAAACACAGAUGUCAGAUAUGCAAGAGGAAACUCUUGUCAAAAUGGAGAACCUUGACACCAGUAGAACAGAAGGUAUUUUUAUGCAACUUAUCAAAUCUAUGCAAUUUACACUUUAUGUUGAGUGAAGCCGUCAAUGUUUAUUGCAGUAUUUGAUUAACUUCUUAGUCAUUACCCAUCAUUAAUAAAUAAGGCAAAGAAGAAUCAGUCUCCACUACAGGAAGCUGAUGUUGUGCUUUACUUUGCCCCAUUUCAGAGAUUGUCCAACCGGUCAGUGAGAGCAGUGAGAAGACCGUUGUGGAAGAACCAGGUUCUUCGUCAUCUACUGAAACCACAUACCUUCUGGACCAGCAGGGCAACAGACACAGCGCUCCAGACACCGCACUCAAUAUAGAACCUGAAAACCAGACGUUCCAGCAUCCAGCGUCACCAUACAACAGUGAAAGACAGGACCAUCAGGGUGCUGAGUGUGUGACCUGGGAAACUGACCAUCAACCCAUGGCAUACAGACUGUCUCAAUGGAGAGAGAACCAAGAGACUGACAACCGAACUGUGAAUGCUCCUCACAAUGCAGGGCCAGACUCCAAGAGGCUGUCUGAACAUCCAGAGAGGAGAGGGGCACCUGGUAACUCUGGGGUCUGCAUGUCUGCUUUGGGCUCUAUGGACUGGCUGCCUGAUGUGGUGCUGGUGGACUCGGUUCCUAUUAAAGUGGAGGCAGAUAUGAGUUCAGAAUGGACGGGUCAAGAGGCCACAUCUGGAGAGGUCUGUUCAGAGGGCAGGCAGCUUGUGGACAACAGAGGAAGAGGGGGAAUGGAGUCUGGACAGACAAAGUGUCCCACUGACACUCAAAACACAGAGCAAGGGACAACUGUAGGAUCAAGGUCCAAGUUGCCAGAUUUCAAUGGACUGUCCACCCGAAACAGCUUUUCAUCCCCAAGGGUUACUCUCCACCAGGUUCCCCAAAGAGGGAAGCAAGCCCCCUUCCCGAAUUUCAACAGAGGCUCCACUUCUUCAUCAAAAGCCAUAGAAAAGCAGCCACAACAGCUAACGUCUCGCUCUGCCAAGAGACAUCUCCGGUGCAGCCUCUGCGGGAAGACCUUCCCCCAGGCGUACCUAAGCAGGCACAUGCGGGUCCAUACGGGGGAGAAACCGUACGGCUGCAGCCACUGCACCAAGCGCUUUCUCCCACAGCCACCAGCUGAAGAGGCAUGAGAGGGUGCACACUGGAGAGAAACCGUUUCAAUGUGUCUACUGCGGGAAGUGCUUCACCCAGUCCUGCCACAUGAAGAAGCACCUCCUCGUCCACACUGGCGGCAGGCCACAGGACGUUGGGCUGCCGUAAGUGUUCCAGGGUGAAGUUUCAACUAGGCACAGAUCUAGGAUCAGCUUCCUCUCCCACAAUCCUAACCUUAACCAUUAGUAUAAUUUUUUUUUUAACUGAUCCAAGAUCAGCAUCUAGGGGCAACUUCACAUUACUCCUCCAGUGUAAUUAUAGGCAGUACCAGGAGUUUUUCCUCACCACGUGACCAGACCAGGGAAAAACUCUUGGCCCUAGUUGUAAGGGUAAUCUCAACACUACUGGGGUUUUCAUAUGAAUACUGGUUCUGUGUGUUUUUCAGUUUGGAUGGGUUUCCACAUUGAACACUUCCCUCUGUGUGUAGUGGUUGUGUAUUAAGUUCAACUGGCUUGAUGCUUGGUCCAGAGUGGAUUGAUAAUGUAUGUUAUUACAGGUGAAGAUUUUAAACAUAUUUUAGUCAGUUAGCAGACGCUCUUAUCCAGAGCGACUUACAAGAUCAAUUAGGGUUAAGUGCUUUGCUCAAGGGCACGUCGACAGAUUUUUCAGCGUGGUUGGCUCUGGGAUUCCAACCUGCGACCUUUCGGUUAAUGGCUCAACGCUCAUAACCGCUAGGCUACAUCCUUAUGAAUUUGUAUCGGUGCAGUGGUUAACCGAAGUAAAAUAAUUAAGACUUCAUUUCCAUUAACCUGUCAACAAGAUGGAUUCCCUAUCAGACUGAUAGGCUGUAAAGAUGGAAAGGGAAUUCAUAUCGGUGAAAGAACAGUAAUUAAGAAUUCAGGAAGCUCUGGACAGGUGCCUGGCGAGCAAGGCCUGUUGGUGGUCGAGAGAUCGUUGUUCGACUCUGUUCGUACCUGGACGCAGAGAAGAGGAGGAGGAAGGCUCAGGGUUCCCGGAGGCCAGCGCACUCCUGGCACGUGGAAACGGACCUGGCGACCCAGCAGUUGCAAGGAGAGAGAGUGCUGACUGAAUGGUAGACUGUCAAUGGUUGUGUUUAUACAGGGUUUAAUAUGGUUGGAUUUGUAGAGAGUUCAAUAAAGCCAUCUUGAUACCCCUUUACCUUUCCCAUCAUAUUCUGCAUAGGAAAACCCUUGUCUAUUCACAGUUGCAAUGAGUUUUUGAGUCCCAGAAUUAGAAUGAAUAGAAUUAGAACCCAUUCCAUCAGAAUUCUCUGGUUUAUUCCUUUCCAUUCUGACUAUGUUUUUAGUAGGCUAAACAGGUUAGGAUGUGCACCAGCACUCUAGAACCAAGCUACUCACUCACCUCUUCUUUAUUCCCAGAAUCCCCACAGGUACCCUGGUCUGGGGAAACCUCAUCUCCUGGAGGUAAAUACAGUACCUGUAGAUUUAUCUCCCCUAAAACAGGCAGAACAUCACCUUCCUGAUAUCAGCAUUUGAAACCGCUCACUCUGUUUUUGAUUCUCUGUUCAUGAUGCUACUGAAAAUAACAUUUAGAUUACCAUUUAUAUAAUAAAUAUACUUAUAAGGAUGAUUCCUCACAAAACUAGAACAAAAAAAUGAUGAUUUUGGGGAUUUCCACGAAAUGUAAUCCAUAGAAGGGUCCUUUGGAGGAACGAUUGUUGACAUAUAUUUGACAUUUGUAUCUUAUAGCAUAAUUGAGAAGUAAUUAUUUGAAGUUAGAAUAUUUGUGACAUUUUGGCCUUACCCAGGCCUCCUUUUAAGACUCCAUGUUUCAUUUGUAGGUGCUACAAAGCAACAUUUGGUGUCAUAUACAACUUUACUGCUUGCUCUGUGAUAUGAGUAGUAUAUUGAUUGCAAUAACACAUUUCUUGCAUUCAUUUAUGAAUAUUUACAAAUAUAAACAUGAAUAUUGAAAGUAUACCUCUGUGGCGUUUUUCAAUUUUAUUUUCCAACAUAAUUCAAAGUUCUGCUAGCUUUAAAGUUAUGUCCCCUUUUAUACAGAUACAUUGGCAUAGUAGACAAUGUAACCAAUCACAGCCCUCCUUUUACGUGUCAUUGCACAUCCUGCAAAUCAGAGGGUGACCAUUUUGAAUCCAUUUUCACAUUCACUCUGUUGGUAAUGCUUAGAAAUGUGUUUAUAAACUCUAAAAGUUGCAGAGAUCGCACUCUGUAUCUUUGAUAUGCCCAUAGUGUAUUAUGUUCAACAAUAUACUGAAAUAUUUGCCUAAUCAAUAAUGGUAUAUUUUCAAUAUUCAUGUUGAUAUUUUUCUAUAUUCAUAAAUGUAUGUAAGAAAUGUGUUAUUGACAUCAAAAUACUUCUCAUAUGACAGUGCACACAGUAUAGCUUCAUAUGACACCAUCUAUUGGCUUGUUGCACCUACAGAUAAAAUAUUAUGGAGUCUUAAAUGAGGCCUGUGUAAGGCCAAAAUGUCAAAUAUUCCAACUAUAAUUAGUUUUCUCGAUUAUGCUUAAAGAUACAAAUGUCAAAUAUAUAUCAACAAUCCUUCCUCCAAAGGACCCUUCUAUGGAUAACAUUUAGUGAAAAUCCCCCAAAUCAUAAUUUUUUGUUCUAGUUUCGUGAGGAAUCACCCAUAAAUGUCUUAUAGAGUUUGACAUGUAGCCUACUUAGUGACUUUCCUGUCCUCUGGUUCAACGACAAACACUUAGUCGAUAUAGGCAAUUAAAACACUGAAGGCAUUGAAUUGAUUCAGUUGCUUGCAGCUUCCUCUGGAGUCACUGGUAUGGAUCUUCCGGGAUGUGCUGUGUGUGGAGGGGAAGAGAGGCAACUGGAACCUGUCUCUGGUCUGCAGAACCUUCAAUACCAUCCUGACAAAUGAAAUCAUCAGGAAGUACUCCACAGGGAAGGUUAGUAUCGAUAAUGACAAAUCAAAAAAAGCCUAUGGUAUACUGGCAAAAAAAUAUAUUAAUUGAUCCAAUGUCAUGCAGUGCUCUGAGAGAAUUUCAUGUAUCAUAUGUGUCCCCAAAAAUCUUUCCAGAUAAAGCAAAGUCUUGAAUCUCGUUCUGUGAUUGGUUGUUACAUUCUUACAAACAUAACUGUAUGUCAACACUGCGCGCAAACACCUCAAAGUGUCUGUGUCCAAUAGACUUAAGAUUCUUUACUUGUGCAUUCGUAUUCCAUGUAUUCCAUUCUGGUUUGUGUCUGACAAUCUUUUGACCUGUUCUGUGUUUCUUUUCCAGAGAUCCAAUCCUGAACCCCAGUCGUUACUGAAAGGAGGAGAAGCCAGUACGUUGUGGUUACAGGUUACUGUUAAGGAUGACAUAACCCAUUAUAUGCUUGCUGCACUGCAUACACCUCUAUUACCAAUGUUUUUUUUUAUUAACAAUUUUCUAAUUUAUUUUUAAAACAAAAAUAUACAUGUUAAGUUGUUUAGCUAUUACUCAGGACUAUCAGAAAUCCCAUUGGCUAUUUAGCCAUUAUAUAUUCAGAUUUUUGUUGUUGUUUAGAAUUAGAGUGCAUUCUCAGUGCUUGCUUCAGUUAACCCUUAGCCUACUCUUUGAUUUACUUACUUUUAACUGAAGGAAUUUAUUUAUUUUGGGUUGUGUGCAGAUUGUGUUUGUGUACUUCAACUAAAUAGUAAAAUAAUAAUUUUUGCACAAGGUGUGUGUUUGAUUUAAUUCACUACUUCAUUGAAAGUCAAAAGGCUGAUUUUAAAUGUUUUUAUUCCUUUUAGUAGCAGCUACAAUAUGAAACAGCAACAGGUGGCAAUGUUGGAAGUUGGAACUAACAUAAGUCGUGUGUAAUAAACCUUUAUUUUGAAAAGCCAACCUUUCUUUUGAAAAACGAUCCAGGAAGUAGCCGACAUUAUUUUGUUUAUGGAACAAAAAGAGACGUGUGAAGAAGCGUACCGUCUGUGUUGUAAACUGUGAAGUCUGAAGACGUUGACUGAACACUGCAAUGCAAAUUACUAUAACAUAAGCGUUUAACAAGGAUAUGUCCGAUACAGUAGCCUUUCAUGCUCAGCUAGCCUCCAUCAUUGAGGUUUUGGCGAAUGCAGCCGUUGCCGAAAUCUGCAAACUUGUAGAUGACGGUCAUGCUGCCUUACGGUUGGAAAUUUCCAAUAGCCAGAAAGAAAUUGAUAACCUGCGGAGGAAGCUGCUUUUGACCAAAUUCCAGAAUUCUCGACGGAGCGCAGAGAAAUUCGGAGCCCUGCGACGCACAGUUCACAGACGCGUGGACAACGAUCAUUUUGCCCGGGCAAGAGAGAGCUUCGUAGGAAAGUCCGACAGACUUGGAUAUUGUAGGUUUUUUACCUUAUUUCAAAACGUUAAAAAUAAUGGGUCUUGUGAAAUAUAUAACGUUUAUGAGCGUUAAUUCUUUUCUGGUGCAGUGCAGAAUUGUUUCGCCGACAGUGAAGGGGGCAACUUUACGCAGGAUGUCGCCAACUGGAGAGACUCAGGAUGCACAGCGACAGACCAGGAUGGGGGCAUGCAGGUCAGUUGUCAUAGACCUGGUAAAAUGUAUUAUUUGUUUUCUCAUAUUUCAGAUGGUGUUGGGGAAAUGUUUCUAAUUAAAUGUUAAUGAUUAAUACAAAACACAGAUGGCAGAUAUGCAAGACGCACCUCUUAUCAAAAUGGAGAACCUUGACACCAGCAGAACAGAAGGUAUUUUUGUUGAAUUUAUCUAAUCUAUGCAAGUUACACUUUAUGUUGCUUGUGUAAAGCCUUCAAUGUUUAUUGCAGUAUUUCAUUAACUUCUUAGUCAUUACCCAUAACUAAUAAGGCAAAGAAGAAUCAGUCUCCACUAUAGGACGCUGAUGUUGUGCUUUACCUUGCCCCAUUUCAGAGAUUGUUCAACCGGUCAGUGAGAAGAUAAUUGUGGCAGAACCAGGUGCUUCAUCAUCAUCUGAAACCACAGACCUUCUGGACCAGCAGGGCAACAGACACAGAGCUCCAGACACCACACUCAAUAUAGAACCUGAAAACCAGACGUUCCAGCAUCCAGCGUCACCAUACAACAGAGCAAGGCAGGACCAUCAGGGUUGCUGAGUGUGUGACCUGGGAAACUGACCAUCAACCCAUAGUAUACAGCCUGUCUCAAUGGACAGAGAAGCAAGAGACUGACAACCAAACUGUGAAUGCUCCUCACAAUGCAGGGCCAGACUCCAAGAGGCUGUCUGAACAUCCAGAGAAGAUAGGGUUGCCUGGUAACUCUGGGGUCUGCAUGUCUGCUUUGGGCUCUCUGGACUGGCUGCCUGAUGUGAUGCUGGUGGACUCGGUUCCUAUUAAAGUGGAGGCAGAUAUGAGUUCAGAAUGGAGUAUAACGGGCCAAGAGGUGACAUCUGAAGAGGUCUGUUCAGAGCGCAGGCAGCUUGUGGACAACAGAGGAAGAGGGGGAAUGGAGUCUGGACAGACAAAGUGUCCCACUGACACUCAAAAGACAGAGCAAGGGACAACUGUAGGAUCAAGGUCCAAGUUGCCAGAUUUCAAAGGACUGUCCUCCCCAAACAACUUUUCAUCCCCAAGGGUUACUCUCCACCAGGUUCCCCAAAGAGGGAAGCAAGCCCCCUUCCCAAAUUUCAAUAGAGGCUCCACUUCUUCAUCGAAAGCCAUAGAAAAGCAGCCGCAACAGCUAACGUCUUGUUCGGCCAAGAGGCAGCUCCGGUGCAGCCUCUGCGGAAAGCCCUUCCACCAGCCGGCGCACCUGCGGAGUCACAUGCGGGUCCAUACGGGGGAGAAACCAUACGGCUGCAGCCACUGCACCAAGCGCUUCUCCCACAGCCACCAGCUGAAGAUGCAUGAGAGGGUGCACACUGGAGAGAAACCGUUUCAAUGUGUCUACUGUGGGAAGUCCUUCACCCAGUCCGGCAACAUGAAGAAGCACCUCCUCGUCCACACUGGCAGCAGGCCACUGGAUGUUGGGCUGCCCUGAGUGUUCCAGGGUGAAGUUUCCCCUAGGUACAGAUCUAGGAUCAGCUUCCUCUCCCCCAAUCCUAACCUUAACCAUUAGUAGAAAUACAUUCUUAACUGCCCCAAGAUCAGCAUCUAGGGGCAACUUCAUAAUACUCCACCCGGCGUAGGAGUUUUCCCUCAGAACGUGACCAGACCAUGGGAAAACUCCUGGCCCUAGUUGUAAGGGGAAUGGCUCCACACUCGUUGGGUUUCCAUAUGAAAACUGGGUCAGUGUUUUUAACAGUUUGGAUGGUUUCCACAUUGAAUGGUUCCGGUGUGUAGUGGUUGUGUUUUCAGUUUACUGGCUUGAUGCUUGGUCCAGAGUGGAUUGAUAAUGUAUAAGUUAUGACAGAGACCCGAUCCUGAGCUAGCCUGACGACUAACACUAAAUCCUUCCGCUGCUCAGUCGUUCGCUACAUACUUUAGUCUGAGACUGCCAUCAUUGAAGUCGUUUGUGGUGACGAGGGGCACGAGGGGUGUGGUACAAAAUAAAGUAAACAGUAAUUGGAUCGUCUCUAACCAAUUAAGAGUAUCCACGGCAAUGACACAUUUUCAAACCGCAGCUUUAAUCACGUGUUUUCUGACUCUGGCACAACCCAAUCGGUUUCUGGACCAAUCAGACAGCCCUGAAUGUGUUCGCAUUCGGUGAAGGGUCGGAGAGGUACUCAAAUCUAGACGCAUUGCUCUGAAGAAACUGACGUCCGUGGGCGUGGCUUAGGGUUUGGUUAGCCAGACAAAUCAUGAACCCCAGUAGUAUCUGACAGGAGGAGAAGCCAGUACAUUGUGGUUACUGUGAAUGAUGACAUAAACCAUUACAGUACCAGUCAAAAGUUUGGACACACCUACUCAUUCAAGGGUUUUUCUUUAUUUUUACUAUUUUCUACAUUGUAGAAUAAUAGUGAAGACAUCAAAACUAUGAAAUAACACAUAUGGAAUCAUGUGGUAACCAAAAAAGUGUUCAACAAAUCAAAAUAUAUUUUAGAUUCUUCAAAGUAGCCACCCUUUGCCUUGAUGACAGCUUUGCACACUCUUGGCAUUCUCUCAACCAGCUUCAUGAGGUAGUCGCUUUGUCCUAUGUGUUUUUUAUUUCAGUUUUCACACGCAACAACUGUAGUUUGGACAUUUUUGAUCUGACGGCCCCACAAUCCAAAGCAAUAAGGUUGAUGUAGUAGUCUAUCAAAGUAAUCAGACCAAUUGUUUUACUACAUUUUAAUUUUACUAUGUAAAUGCUUUGCAUUAAAUAGUAAAGUAUAACUUUUUCAGCUUCUUCCACUUUUAGGAGCUAAAGCAAGCCCCAUAACUUUACUUUAUGUAAAGUUACCAUCUAGUUAGCAAUGUUUUUGAAUGUACAAUGUCAUUGUAAAAACAAAAAGUUCCUAAAUGUUAUUUACACUGAACAAAAAUAUAAAUGCAACAAUUUCAAAGAUUUUACUGAUUUACAGUUCAUACAGUGAGGGAAAAAAGUAUUUGAUCCCCUGCUGAUUUUGUACGUUUGCCCACUGACAAAGACAUGAUCAGUCUAUAAUUUUAAUGGUAGGUUUAUUUGAACAGUGAGAGACAGAAUAACAACAAAAACAUCCAGAAAAACACAUGUCAAAAAAUGUUAUAAAUUGAUUUGCAUUUUAAUGAGGGAAAUAAGUAUUUGACCCCUCUGCAAAACAGUACUUAGUACUUGGUGGCAAAACCCUUGUUGGCAAUCACAGAGGUCAGAUGUUUCUUGUAGUUGGCCGCCAGGUUUGCACACAUCUCAGGAGGGAUUGUGUCCCACUCCUCUUUGCAGAUCUUCUCCAAGUCAUUAAGGUUUCGAGGCUGACGUUUGGCAACUCUAACCUUCAGCUCCCUCCACAGAUUUUCUAUGGGAUUAAGGUCUGGAGACUGGCUAGGCCACUCCAGGACCUUAAUGUGCUUCUUCUUGAGCCACUCCUUUGUUGCCUUGGCCGUGUGUUUUGGGUCAUUGUCAUGCUGGAAUACCCAUCCACGACCCAUUUUCAAUGCCCUGGCUGAGGGAAGGAGGUUCUCACCCAGGAUUUGACGGUACAUGGCCCCGUCCAUCGUCCCUUUGAUGCGGUGAAGUUGUCCUAUCCCCUUAGCAGAAAAACACCCCCAAAGCAUAAUGUUUCCAGCUCCAUAUUUGACGGUGGGGAUGGUGUUCUUGGGGUCAUAGGCAGCAUUCCUCCUCCUCCAAACACGGCGAGUUGAGUUGAUGCCAAAGAGCUCGAUUUUGUUCUCAUCUGACCACAAUACUUUCACCCAGUUCUCCUCUGAAUCAUUCAGAUGUUCAUUGGCAAACUUCAGACGGGCCUGUAUAUGUGCUUUCUUGAGCAGGGGGACCUUGCGGGCGCUGCAGGAUUUCAGUCCUUCACGGCGUAGUGUGUUACCAAUUGUUUUCUUGGUGACUAUGGUCCCAGCUGCCUUGAGAUCAUUGACAAGAUCCUCCCGUGUAGUUCUGGGCUGAUUCCUCACCGUUCUCAUGAUCAUUGCAACUCCACGAGGUGAGAUCUUGCAUGGAGGCCGAGAGAGAUUGACAGUUAUUUUGUGUUUCUUCCAUUUGCGAAUAAUCACACCAACUGUUGUCACCUUCUCACUAAGCUGCUUGGCGAUGGUCUUGUAGCCCAUUCCAGCCUUGUGUAGGUCUACAAUCUUGUUACUGACAUCCUUGGAGAGCUCUUUGGUCUUGGCCAUGGUGGAGACUGGUCAGGUUUCAAGACUGGUCAUUCAACUGAGACUGCUCUUCUCUGUGUCACGGAGGCUCUCCGCACUGCUAAAGCUAACUCUCUCCUCUGCUCUUGUCCUUCUAGACCUGUCUGCUGCCUUUGAUACUGUGAACCAUCAGAUCCUCCUCUCCACCCUCUCCGAGCUGGGCAUCUCCGGUGCGGCUCACUCUUGGAUUGCGUCCUACCUGACCGGUCGCUCCUACCAAGUGGCGUGGCGAGAAGCUGUCUCCGCACCACGUGCUCUCACCACUGGUGUCCCCCAGGGCUCAGUUCUAGGCCCUCUCCUAUUCUCGCUAUACACCAAGUCACUUGGCUCUGUCAUAUCCUCACAUGGCCUUUCCUAUCAUUGCUACGCUGACGACACACAACUAAUCUUCUCCUUUCCCCCUUCUGAUAACCAGGUGGCGAAUCGCAUCUCUGCAUGUCUGGCAGACAUAUCAGUAUGGAUGACGGAUCACCACCUCAAGCUGAACCUUGGCAAGACGGAGCUGCUCUUCCUCCCGGGGAAGGACUGCCUGUUCCAUGAUCUCGCCAUCACGGUUGACAACUCCGUUGUGUCCUCCUCCCAGAGUGCGAAGAGCCUUGGCGUGACCCUGGACAACACCCUGUCGUUCUCCGCUAACAUCAAGGCGGUGACCCGAUCCUGUAGGUUCAUGCUCUACAACAUUCGGAGAGUACGACCCUGCCUUACACAGGAAGUGGCACAGGUCCUAAUCCAGGCACUUGUCAUCUCCCGUCUGGAUUACUGCAACUCGCUGUUGGCUGGGCUCCCUGCCUGUGCCAUUAAACCCCUACAACUCAUCCAGAAUGCCGCAGCCCGUCUGGUGUUCAACCUUCCCAAGUUCUCUCACGUCACCCCACUCCUCCGCACACUCCACUGGCUUCCAGUUGAAGCUCGCAUCUGUUACAAGACCAUGGUGCUUGCCUAUGGAGCUGUGAGGGGAACGGCACCUCCGUACCUUCAGGCUCUGAUCAGUCCCUACACCCAAACGAGGGCAUUGCGUUCAUCCACCUCUGGCCUGCUGGCUCCCCUUCCUCUGCGGAAGCAUAGUUCCCGCUCAGCCCAGUCAAAACUGUUCGCUGCUCUGGCACCCCAAUGGUGGAACAAGCUCCCUCACGACGCCAGGACAGCGGAGUCACUCACCACCUUCCGGAGACAUUUGAAACCCCACCUCUUUAAGGAAUACCUGGGAUAGGAUAAAGUAAUCCUUCUACCCCUCCCUUACCCCCCUUAUUUCCCUCAUUAAAAUGCAAAUCAAUUUAUAAAAUUUUGGAAAUUGCGUUUUUUGGAUUUUGUUGUUGUUAUUCUGUCUCUCACUGUUCAAAUAAACCUACCAUUAAAAUUAUAGACUGAUCAUUUCUUUGUCAGUGGGCAAACGUACAAAAUCAGCAGGGGAUCAAAUACUUUUUUCCCUCACUGUAUAAGGAAAUCAGUCAAUUGAAAUAAAUGCAUUAGGCCCUAAUCUAUGGAUUUCACAAGACUGGGAAUACAGAAAUGCAUAUUUUUUUUAUUUUAAGUAGGGGCGUGGGUCAGAGAACCAGUCAGUAUCUGCUGUGACCACCAUUUGCCCAAUGCAGCGCAACACAUCUCCUUCGCAUAGAGUUGAUCAAGCUAUUGAUUGUGUCUGGAAUUUUGUUUGAAGUUGCUUGAUAUUGGCGGGAACUGGAAGACGCUGUCGUACACAUCAAUCUAGAGCAUCCCAAACAUGCUCAAUGGGUGACAUGUCUGGUGAGUUUGCAGGCCAUGGAAGAACUGGGACAUUUUCAGCUUCCAGGAAUUGUGUACAGAUUCUUGCGACGGGGCUGUGCCAUCUGGCAGGUGCAGAUGAAACCGGGAUUCAUCUGUGAAGAGCACACUUUUCCAGCGUGCCAGUGGCCAUCAAAGGUGAGCAUUUGCCCACUGAAGUCGGUUACGAGCACGCAGAUGAGCUUCCCUGAGACAGUUUCUAACAGUUUGUGCAGAAAUUAUUCGCUUGUGCAAACCCACAGUUUAAUCAGCUGUCCAGGUGGCUGGUCUCAGACGAUCCCGCAGGUGAAGAAGCCGAAUGUGGAGGUCCUGGGCUGGCCUGGUUACACGUGGUCUGCGGUUGUGAGGCAGUUUGGACGUACUGCCAAAUUCUCUAAAACGACGUUGGAGGCGGCUUAUGGUAUGGUAGCGAAAUGAACAUUCAAUUCUCUGGCAACAGCUCUGGUGGACAUUCCUGCAGUCAGCAUGCCAAUUGCACACUCCCUCGAAACUUGAGACAUCUGUGGCAUUGUGUUGUGUGACACAACUGCACAUUUAGAGUUGUCCUUUCAUUUUCCCCAGCACAAGGCGCACCUGUGUAAUGAUCAUGCUGUUUAAUCAGCUUAUUGAUAUGCCACACCUGUCAGGUGGAUGGAUUAUCUUGGCAAAGGAGAAAUGCGCACUAUCAGGGAUGUAAACAAAUUUGUACACAAAAUCGUAUAAAAAAAGCUUUUUGUGCGUAUUGAACAUUUCUGGGAUAUUUUAUUUCCGCUCAUGAAACCAACACGUUUAUAUUUUUGUUCAGUGUAGUUGUUUAGCUAUUACACAGGACAAUAAGAAACCCCAUUGGCUAUUUAUCAUUUCUAUAUUCAGAUUUUUAAAAAAAAUUUCUACCGUUACAUUGUUCAGAGUCAGAGUGCAUUCUCAGUGUGUGCUUCAGUUAGUUUUGAGACUACUAACCCUUAGCCUUCUCUUUGAUGUAGUAGUCUCAAAACUAACUGAAGCACCCCACUGAGAAUGCAAUCUGACUCUGAACAAUGUAACGGUAGAAAUAUUUUUUUAAAAUCUGAAUAUAGAAAUGAUAAAUAGCCAAUGGGGUUUCUUAUUGUCCUGAGUAAUAGCUAAACAACUACACUGAACAAAUAUAUAAACGUGUUGGUUUCAUGAGCGGAAAUAAAAUAUCCCAGAAAAGAUUUUGUGCACACAUUUGUUUAACUGAAGGAAUGUAUUUAUUCCUUUUAGUAGCGGCUAGAAUAUGAUACAGCAGAAGGUGGCAAUUUUGGAAGUUGUGGUUCUCUGUAGCUCAAUUGGUAGAGCAUGGCGCUUGUAACGCCAGGGUAGUGGGUUCGCCGGGACCACCCAUACGUAAAAAUGUAUGCGCACAUGACUGUAAGUCGCUUUGGAUAAAAGCGUCUGCUAAAUGGCAUAUUAUUAUUAUAACAUAAGUCGUGUGUAACCAACCUUUUAUUUUGAAAAGCCAACCAUUAUUCUAAAAAACGAUCCAGGAAAUAGCGUAACAACAACAAACAAAAGAGAUGUGUGUGAAACAUACCGUCUAUGGUGUGAACUGUGUAGUCUCAAGACGUUGACUACACUGCAAUGCAAAUUACUAUAACAUAAGUGUUUAACAUAGACAUAGUGCCAAGGACAUGACCGAUACCGUUGCCUUUCAUGCUCAGCUAGCCUCCAUCAUUGAGGUUUUGGCGAAUGCAGCCGUUGCCGAAAUCUGCAAACUUGUAGAUGACGGCCAUGCUGCCUUACGUUUGGAAAUUUCCCAUAGCCAGAAAGAAAUCGAGAACUUGCGGAGGAAGCUGCUUUUGACAAAGUUCCAGAAUUCUCGACGGAGCGCAGAGAGAUUCGGAGCCCUGCGACGCACAGUUCACAGGCGAGUGGACACCGAUCAUGUUGCCCGGGAAAGAGAGAGCUUCGUAGGAAAGUCAACAGGCAGACUUGGAUAUUGUAGGUUUUUUACCUUAUUUUAAAACGUUCAAAAUAAUUGUUAAUGUAGAAUAUAUAACGUUCAUGAAGGGUUCUCUUUUCAGGUGCAGUGGAAAAUCGUUUUGCCUACAGUGAAAGAGGCAACUGUAUGCAGGUUGUCACCAACUGGACAGACCAGGAUGGCGUCAUGCAGGUCAGCUGUCAUGGACAUGGUCAAAUAAUUAUUUGUGUUCACAUAUUUCAAAUGGUGGUGGGAUUUUUAUUUUUAUUUUACCCUUAUUUUACCAGGUAAGUUGACUGAGAACACAUGCUCAUGUACAGCAAGGACCUGGGGUAUAGUUACAUGGGAAAGGAGGCGGGGUGAAUGAGGUAUGAGGGCCAGAUUGGGAAUUUAGCCAGGACACCAGGGUUAACACCCCUACUCUUAUGAUAAGUGCCAUGGGAUCUUUAGUGACCAAAGAGAGUCAGGACACCCUUUAAAGACCCAUCUGAAAGACUGCAUUUUACACAGGGAAAUGCCCCCAAUCAUUGUUUUCCCAUAUUUAAAAUGGUGUUGGGGAUAUUUUUUCUAAUAAAAUGUUUCUGAUGAAUGCACAAAACAGAUAGGAGAUAUGCAAGAGGCACCUCUUAUCAAAUUGGAGAACUUUGAUACCAGCAGAACAGAAGGUAUGUUUAUGCAACUUAACAAAUCUAUCCAAUUUACACUUUGUUAAGUAAAGCCUUUAUUGCGGUAUUUGAUUAACUUCUUAGUCAUUACCCAUAAUUAAUAAACAAGGCAAAGAAGAAUCAGUCUCCACUACAGGAAGCUGAUGUUGUGCUUUACUUUGCCCCAUUUCAGAGAUUGUCCAACCGGUCAGUGAAAAGAUUGUUGUGGCAGAACCAGGUUCUUCAUCAUCUACUGAAACCACAGACCUUCUGGACCAGCAGGGCAACAGACACAGAGCUCCAGACACCACACUCAAUAUAGAACCUGAAAACCAGACGUUCCAGCAUCCAGCAUCACAAUACAACAGAGCAAGACAGGACCAUCAGGUUGCUGAGUGUGUCACCUUGGAAACUGACCAUCAACCCAUAGCAUACAGCCUGUCCCAAUGGACAGAGAACCAAGAGACUGACAACCGAACUGUGAAUGCUCCUCACAAUGCAGGGCCAGACUCCAAGAGGCUGUCUGAACAUCCAGAGAGGAGUGGGGCGCCUGGUAACUCUGGGGUCUGCAUGUCUGCUUUGGGCUCUCUGGACUGGCUGCCUGAUGUGAUGCUGGUGGACUCGGUUCCUAUUAAAGUGGAGGCAGAUAUGAGUUCAGAAUGGAGCAUAACAGGUCAAGAGGUGACAUCUGGAGAGGUCUAUUCAGAGGGCAGGCAGCUUGUGGACAACAGAGGAAGAGGGGGAAUAGAGUCUGGACAGACAAAGUGUCCCACUGACACUCAAAACACAGAGCAAGGGACAACUGUAGGAUCAAGAUACAAGUUGCCAGAUUUCAACGGACUGUCCAACCCAAACAGCUUUUCAUCCCCAAGGGUUACUCUCCAACAGGUUCCCCAAAGAGGGAAGCAAGCCCCCUUCCCGAAUUUCAACAGAGGCUCAACUUCUUCAUCGAAAGGCAUAGAAAAGCAGCCGCAACAGCUGACGUCUCACUCCACCAAGAGGCAGCUCCGGUGCACUCUCUGCGGAAAACUUUUCCACCAGCCGGCGCACCUGCGGAGUCACAUGCGGGUCCAUACGGGGGAGAAACCGUUCGGCUGCAGCCACUGCACCAAGCGUUUCUCCCACAGCCACCAGCUGAAGAUGCAUGAGAGGGUGCACACCGGAGAGAAACCGUUUCAAUGUGUCUACUGUGGGAAGUGCUUCACCCAGUCUGGCCACAUGAAGAAGCACCUCCUCGUCCACACUGGCAGCAGGCCACUGGAUGUUGGGCUGCCCUGAGUGUUCCAGGGUGAAGUUUCCCCUAGGUACAGAUCUAGGAUCAGCUUCCUCUCCCCCAAUCCUAACCUUAACCAUUAGUGGAAAAAAAUGUAUAAGUUAGGAUGUGAAGAUUUUAAACAUGACAUUUUAGUCAGUCAGCAGAAGCUCUUAUCCAUAGUGACUUACAAGAGCAAUAGGGGUUAAGUGCUUUGCUCAAGGCACACCAACAGAUUUUUCAGCUUGGUCGGCUCAGGGAUUAGAACCUGCGACCUUUCGGUUACUGGCGCAACGCUACCUGCCACUAGGCUACAUCCUUAUGAAUUUGUAUUCGUGCAGUGGUGAACCGAAGUACAAUAAUUAAGACUUAAUUUCCAUUAACCUGUCAACAAGAUGGAUUCCCUAUCAGACUGAUAGGCUGUAAAGAUGUAAAGGGAAUUAAUAUCGGUGAAAGAACAGUAAUUAAGAAUUCAGGAAGCUCUGGACAGGUGCCUGGCGAGCAAGGCCUGUUGGUGGUCGAGAGAUCGUUGUUCGGCUCAUCUCGUACCUGGACGCAGAGAAGAGGAGGAGGAAGGCUCAGGGUUCCCGGACGCCAGCGCACUCCUGGCCCU